AUGGCAACCUCGCAUGGCUCCGGCAACUGCCAGAACUACCUGCAUAGCUUGCCGGUGUCUGGGCGCCAAUUUGUUCCUUCCAACGAGUCAUUGCGUUUCGAUGAUGCCAUGACUACGUCGCCGGUUUCGUGCCAGGGCUCUUCAAUCUCGUCGAUUGCCUCGGUGAGACAAACCGCGGCUCUGCACCAGUCGGAAGCCCGCCUUGUUGGACUGGAUCCGGGCGCUCGAUCGAGAUCACCGCCCCAACGACCGUCGGCCCAACUGACCGCCGAGUCCUACUCUUCAAGAAGGCCAGCCCACCUCGACCAUUCCGGUCUGGACGAAACUGCCCACCAGGCCUCCAGUGAGCCGGGAAGCUUGUCUCGGGUCUGGUUCACCUUCCGAGAUGGCUACACUGCCGCGGUUCUCCUCGAGACUCGGCCCAACGGCCGGUGUCUUCUGCGAAUCGAACGCGACGGAAGUGAGGUGGAAACUGAUGCUGACGAUGUGGAACGGUACCGGUACUCUUCGCCCGUUUGGUAUACGGUCUUUGAUGGUUCAGUUGGAUUCUUCGAAAUAGCUGGUCCUCUGCUGCCCCACAAAGCACCGUCUGGCGAGGAUUUAUCUCUGGUCGUUGACGAAAUGGACUCCGAUGAGGCAUGCCGGAUAUGUCUGGCUUAA